AUGUGGAUUGAUGACGCCGCCCAGAGGGGAGCUGCGAAAGAAGCUGCCGAUAGAGACGCUGCGCUGGACGCAGCAGAGAGAGAACGAAUUUUUGCUAAAGAAGCCGCAGAGAGAGAGAUGGAAAUCUUAAAGCUUAAGAUUCAGUUAGAAAAGGAAGGAAGAGUCAGCGCGGCCAGUAACGUGUCCGAAGAAAGGCGCGAACGAGAAGGGCAGAGCGCCCUGAAAUUGAGUCCCAGUAAACUCCUGGUCGCCUUCGAUGAAAAGAAAGAUGACUUGGACGCGUACAUCCGUAGGUUCGAGGGUAUAGCACUUAGUCAGAAAUGGCCCGAGGGCCAAUGGGCUACCGCGCUCAGUACCUGCCUGACCGGAGAGGCUCUCAGCGUGUAUGGACGCCUAACGCCGGAGGAUGCCGCGAAUUACGGAAAGGUGAAGGCGUCUUUGCUGAAGAGGUUUCGGUUCACGGUCGACGGAUUUCGGGAAAAGUUCCGAGAGGGGAAACCGCUCGACGGUGAAACCGCUACUCAGUAUGCCGCCCGGCUCGGACACUACUUUGACCGCUGGGUUGAACUGUCGAGCACCGCGAGAGAUUUCGAAAGCCUCCGUGAGUUGGUCCUACAGGACCAGUUUCUGAGGGGAUGCCACCCAAGUCUGGCCCUGUAUCUGAGGGAGAGGAAGGUUCCGAGUCUCGAAGGGUUGCUGGAGCUGGCUGACCAGUAUUUGGAGGCGCAGUCUCAUGAGAACUUAGGGAAAUCCCGAAGGAGCGAGGCAGAGCCUAGCGUGCGGGAGAACGCUGGGAAGCAGGUGCCGAGGCCGGAGGUAAGGUGCUUCCUUUGCAACAAAAUCGGCCAUCUGGCGGCUCAGUGCCGUAGCGGUAGCAACGCUGGGAACGUACCGACGUGUCGGAAAUGUGGCCGCAGGGGGCAUAGAACCGAGUUGUGCCGAGGCUCCGACGGCGGGAGGCCUCAGGCCUCGUGCGUAUGUGCCCCGAAAGAGGGGCCGAUGAACGCAGCCGACGGGAACCGUUUCGUGGAGCUGAAGAGUUGGGAGAAGAUUCCUGUCGUGAAUGCCGCUGUGACCUCGCGGGCGGAAUUCCUUGUUGAGGGAAUGCCCGUCGUAGAGGGCAACGUAGGGACGAGGAAGAUUACCGUAUUGCGCGACACGGGCAGCAAUACGGUGAUCAUCAAGAGAGACCUGGUUGACGACGGCCAGAUAACCGGAAUAAGGAGGCCCGUUUACCUGGUUGACGGGACCGUAAAGAUGCUCCCCGAGGCGAGAGUUCGGGUAUCAACCCCCUACUUUCGGGGUGUGGUGACGGCCCUCUGCAUGGAGGAACCGUUGUACGACCUGAUUCUCGGGAACAUCACCGGAGUCAAAGAUCCCGACAGCCCCGUGGUGGACACCGAGGGAGAGGACGACGCACCCGACGUUGACGCCGGCGGAGUUAAGCCGAACGCCCAGAGUGGAAGGGACCUGACCUCAGACGGAGUUCAAAGACCUACGAGUAAGAAACAGGCCAAGGGCCCUAAACCUAAGAAGGGUCACAAUACAGCGGGGGCGGUCGAGACGCGGAAUAGCAAGAAACAGAAGCCCAAGCAACAGGGUUUGAAAACUCCCCGAAUAGAGGGAGUACCCGUCAACACUUUAGAGUUCAGACAACAGCAGAAAAGAGACAAAACUUUAGCCCCUUGUUAUCUCAAGAUUGGGAAGAAGAUGGAGUGCAAAGACGGAACGAGCUAUUACGAGUUUGUGCAAGAGAAUGAACUUCUCUACCGCCUGUAUCACGAGAGGUCAGGAAGACAGACGCGCCAACUGGUAGUCCCCGAGUUGCACCGGAGAACAGUGCUUGAAGUGGCGCAUGACAGCAUAAUGGCUGGACACCUUGGAGGCAGGAAGACCUUGGAGAGAGCACAGGCCGAGUUUUUCUGGCCUGGAAUGCACGCCGAAUGCAAGCGCUUCGUGGCCUCUUGUGACGCCUGCCAGCGAACCAGCCCAAGAGGAAACACCCGGAAGGUACCGCUUAAAAAGGUACCUGUGAUUGACACGCCCUUUCAAAGAGUGGCAAUUGAUAUCGUGGGGCCGUUGUCGCCGAGGUCCGACCGGGGAAACCGGUACGUGCUUACGAUGGUUGACUACGCGACGCGUUAUCCGGACGCCGUUGCCCUGCCCAGCAUCGAAACAGAGAGAGUUGCCGAAGCCCUGGUCGAGAUGUUUUCACGGGUUGGGGUGCCAAAGGAGAUUCUCAGCGACAGGGGCACCAACUUCACUUCGGAGCUCAUGAAGGAAGUGAGCCGACUUCUCUCCGUCAACCAGCUUCAUACGACUCCGUACCACCCCAUGGCGAACGGCCUGGUGGAGAAAUUCAACGGCACCCUGAAGCGAAUGCUGAAAAGAAUGUGCCAAGAAAGACCCAAGGACUGGGACCGCUACCUGGGGCCGAUCUUGUUUGCUUAUCGCGAAGUGCCACAGGAGAGCUUGGGCUUCUCCCCAUUCGAGCUGAUGUUCGGACGUAAUGUGCGCGGCCCUCUGGCCGUUCUGAAGGAGCUCCGGACUCAAGAAUCGCUACCCUCUGAGAUCAAGUCAACGUAUCAGUACGUACCGGAGCUUAGAAACAGGCUGGAGGAGACAUGCAGGUUGGCGCAUGAGGAGCUCAGACGGUCAAGCGCGAGAUACGAGCGUUACUACAAUGCCAAGUCUCAGAAGCGCUCCCUGCAGCCGGGAGAUCAGGCUCUGAUUUUGCUCCCGACUGAGCACAACAAACUGCUCAUGCAGUGGAAGGGGCCAUACCCGAUCGUAACAAAGAAAAACGAGGUCGACUACGAGGUCGAUCUGGGACAUGCCACCCGGCUGUUUCACGUCAAUCUCCUGAAGAAGUACGAAAUCCGAGAACCAAAUACGACCACGGCACCCGCUGUCGCAAACUCAGUCAUUGCAAUCGAGGACGCUGAAGACGAAGAGGGGCUUCCGGUGAUGCCGCUGCGUCGGACGGAGAACGCUGAGAACGUCCACAUUUCGCCUGAGUUGAGUGCCGAGAGAGAGGAGCAAGCGCGCGAACUCUCCUGCGCAUCCGGCAGUACCCCCUCCCUUUCGCCGUUCGGCAAAUUGUCGAAGACGAGGUUGGGGCUAUGCUGGAGAUGGGCAUCGUCGAAAAAUCCCAAUCAGCCUACAACUUCCCCGUGA